AAUUAAUUACACAAAUCCCCAAACCCUAACUUCCACACCAUGUUUCUUUGAAUUUCAAUUUGUUUGCUGCUCCGAAAAUGUCUGACAUCCCCUCCGAUCUGUUAAAAGAAAUACUCCGGCGAGUCACCGGCGAGCCCCUCUUGCGAUUCCGUACAGUCUGCAAGGAGUGGCGCCGCAUCAUCGACGAUCCAUCCUUCGUCAGAAUCCAUGCCCACACUCAAAUCUCCUCCAACACUCUCCUCAUCAGAAACUCAACCACCAACACUCUCCUCUACUCAUUGAAUUUGGAUACCCUAAACCACAACGAAUCCAAACAAACCAUUGAAGUAACCGCCGUCAAACCAUUCUCCCGAUCAGGCGCCACCGACGUACCUAAUUUGCCGGCGCCCUCUUGCCACGGUCUGAUUCUCAAUUCCCACUAUUACGAAAUUGAUAAGGCAUGGGUUGUAUGGAACCCGUUAACCCGCGAGUUCCACGAGUUGCCCCUAUUCAAAACCAAACCCAAUGCCGAGUCGAGCUUAGCUUGUCUUGGGAUUGGGUACGAUUGUUCUUCCGAUGAUUUCAAAGUUGUGAGGAUAGAUCGAAUGCGCACUACCGACAGUACAACAACCGUUCACCAAACUAGCAUUUAUAGUCUGAAAAUGAAUUGUUGGAGGAUGGUUAAGGAUUGCCCUUACGAUUUUCCCGGUCAUAGGCGGCCGGGUGUUUUUCUGAAUGGGGCAUUGCAUUGGGUAUUGGAGAAUAAAAUAGUUGUGCUUGUUCUUGGAACUGAAGAUUACAGAGAACUGCCGAUGCCUACAAAACCAGGGGAAUCUGUUUUACCGAGUCUAAAAGCGUUGGGUGGAUUCUUAUUCAUGAGUUACUACGACUGCAACGGCAAUCCAAUGGAGGUAGGUCAACUAGUGGAGGGAUGGGUGAUGAAUGAUUAUGGAGUGGAGAAGUCGUGGACCAAGUUGUUUUCGUUUACCGAAGAUUUUCUUUUGGAUGUGGAUGUCCUCACACCUAUUGCUUAUAUCAAGAGCAAAGGGCUCGUUAUUCUGCAGAAUUUUGACGAUUUUUUAUUGUUCGAUAUUCAGAGUAAUUCUGCCAAGAUGGUUACUGUUAGUGGCCUCCCGAGUAAUUUCUAUUGUCAAAUUAUGCCGCAAAGUCUUUUUCGAUUGGGUCGUAGUUUUGCUGUUGAUGUGAAAAGUAAAGCAGCAAUGAAGAGGGAGAGGAAAAGGAAGAGGAUGGGGAAGCCGACGAUCAAGCCUCAAGCUAGGGUGGAGCAUUCCGUAAUAAUCGAGAAGGUUAGGCUCUUUUUUGAUUUAAAUGCAUUGGCUUGGUCUGAUGAUGACUAUGAUGAUGAUGAUGUUGAUAUUGAUGACGACGAAGACGAUUAUUAUUGAUUAGUUUUUUGAACGUGUUUUUGGUGGAAGCAAUGGACGUGUGAAAGAACACGCUCAAGAAAUGCCUUUUUUGCAUGGAUAAAUAUUUAUUAUCGAUGACUGUUAAUUUUUGUUGGUUAUGAAUGUAGGCGGCGAUCUUAACGGUUGUUUUAAGUUCUUGCAGAUUUAAGUGAAAGAACACAAAAUGAUUUGUGUCUGUACUCUCUUCCAAUUAUUUGUUUUGCACUUUAUGGUUGUUGUCAUUAUGUUUGCAUUUUACAUGAAAGAUAGGUGAAAGAAUUUAUGGUCC